CGCGCUCGCCGAGCCCCGAGCCGCGCGUCCUGGUAACGGCGCUCGGCGGCCCCCGCGUCCCCGGCCCCGCCUCCCGCCGCAGCAGCCCGCCCGGUCUCCGCCUCCCUCCGCAGCCCCCGCGGCGGCGGAGUCUCGGGGCCAGGUGGCCGCCGCUUGCGGGACGCUAGCCGCGACGUCGCCAAGCCGAGGCAGGGGGACGCGGCCGUCGCGGGCGGGCAGGGGGGAGCUGGCUGCCGGGACUGGAGGGCACGGGCCAGAGGGUCGGCAAGCGGUCGCCCGGGCUGUCGCCUGUCCCGUGUCGUCGCUGCGCCGGCCUCGCCCGGCGCACGGGGACAGGUGUCCCGGCCGGGGUCUGCCGGGAAGAUGGCGACCCCGGGCAUGAGCUGGCAGCAUCACUAUUACGGUGGCUCCUCGUCCGGGCCAGCCAAAUUCACGACCUCCCCGGCUGCCGCGCAGCUGGCCGGGCACAACAUGGACUACAGCCAGGACAUGCACCUGAAAAUGAGCAAGAAGAUCGCCCAGCUCACCAAGGUAAUAUAUGCUUUAAAUACUAAGAAUGACGAGCACGAUUCUGCCAUUCAGGCCCUCAAAGAUGCCCACGAAGAAGAAAUCCAACAAAUCCUUGCGGAAACACGAGAGAAGAUACUGCUAUACAAGAGCAGGGUGACGGAAGAGUUAGACCUUAAGAGAAAGAUUCAAGUUUUGGAAGCGUCUUUAGAAGAUCACGUGAAGAUGAAGCAGGAGGCUUUGAAAGAGUUUGAAGCCUAUAAGCGCAGAGUUGAGGACAUGCAGCUUUGUGCAGAGGCCCAGCAUGUUCAGCGCAUAGUAACCAUGUCCCGGGAGGUCGAAGAGAUCAGGAAGAAAUUCGAAGAAAGGUUGCGGAGCUUCGGGCAGCUCCAGGUUCAGUUUGAAAACGACAAGCAGUCGGCCCUGGAAGAGUUGAGAACCACUCACAGACUCGAAGUCCAAGAGCUGUUGAGGUCCCAGGAGGACCACAGCGCCUCCAUGAACCUGGGGCAGGAGAAAGCCGAGGAACUGCACAGGAGGGAGGUGGAGGCCUUGAACAACACCCUGGAGGAGCUGAGACUCGAAAAGAAAGAGCUCAUCGAGGAGUACGAAGGCAAGCUGAGCAAAGCCCAAUUAUUUUAUGAGCGUGAGCUUGAUAAUUUGAAAAGGUCACAGCUCUUCACGGCCGAAAGCCUGCAGGCCAGCAGGGACAAGGAGGCCGAUCUUCGCAAAGAGUUCCAGGGGCAAGAAGCCAUUUUACGAAAAACCAUAGGAAAAUUAAAAACGGAACUGCAGAUGGUGCAGGACGAAGCCAGCAGCCUUCUCGACAAAUGCCAAAAGCUGCAGAUGGCUCUGGCCACAGCAGAGAACAAUGUACAGGUUCUUCAAAAACAGCUUGACGAUGCCAAGGAGGGGGAAAUGGCCUUGUUAAGCAAGCACAAGGAAGUGGAAAGCGAGCUAGCAGCUGCCCGGGAGCGAUUGCAAGAGCAAGCUUCAGAUCUUGUCCGCAAAGCUAGUCAUAUUGGAAUGCUUCAGGCAACUCAGAUGACCCAGGAAGUUACAAUUAAAGAUUUAGAAUCAGAAAAAUCCAGAGCCCAUGAGAGAUUAUGUCAGCUGGAAAAGGAGCGAGCGUUUCUGCAGAGCAGAACGCAGAGCCUGGACGAAGAACAGAAGCAGCAGGAGUUGGAGAUGGAGAAGAAAGUAAACGAAGUCAAGAGAACGCAGCAAGAGUAUUACGAGAUGGAGCUUAAGAACCUGCAAACUCGAUUGGAAGGGGAGGUGGCCCAGUUAAAUGAGACCCACGGGAAGACUCUGGAAGAACUAGCUUGGAAACACCACAUGGCUAUCGAGGCAGUCCAUAGCAAUGCAAGCCGAGAUAAGAUCAAGCUGCAGACGGAAUUGGAAGAACAACAUAAAAAGGAGAAACUGAGUCUGGAAGAGGAUAAAAAUCAGCUCCAACUAGAGCUAGAAAAUCUAAAGCAAGCGCUGGGAGACAAGCUGACUUCAGCCAAUCAGGAGAUUGACCGCCUCCAAGAUCUAGUAAGGAAGAGUGAACAGGGUCUUGGCUCUGCCGAAGGACUCAUUGCAAGUCUUCAGGAUUCCCAGGAGAGGCUUCAGAGUGAGCUGGACCUGACCAAAGGCAGGCUAAAGGAGACCAAGGAUGCCCUCUUAAAUGUUGAGGCUGAGCUACAACAAGAACGGCAUGAGCACGAACAGACACUAGCCACCAUGAAGGAAGAAGAGAAGCUGAGGGUGGACAGAAUGGCCCAUGACCUGGAGAUCAAGUGGACUGAAAAUCUUAGACAAGAGUGCUCCAAACUUCGCCAGGAGUUGAAGCUUCAACAUGAAGAAGAUAAGAAGUGUGCGAUGUCUCAACUGUUGCAGCUGAAAGAGAGAGAGAAGACUGCAGCCCGGGAUUCGUGGCAGAAGAAGGUGGAAGACCUCCUAAACCAGCGGCACUCUCUGGGUGAAGCUUUGCAUAAGUCCAUCAACAAUAUCUCCCUGCUCAAGCAGAACCUGGAGCUGCAGCUUUGCCAGUCGCAGACGUCUCUGCAGCAGCUGCAAGCGCAGUUCACACAAGAGCGCCAGCGGCUCACACAGGAGCUGGAGGAGCUGGAGGAGCAGCAUCAGCAGAGGCACAAGUCCCUCAAAGAAGCACACGUCCUCGCGUUCCAGACCAUGGAGGAAGAGAAGGAGAAGGAGCAGAGGGCCCUGGAGACUCACCUGCAGCAGAAACACUCCGCCGAGCUGCAGUCACUGAAAGACGCACACCGAGAGUCCAUGGAGGGCUUCCGCGUGGAGAUGGAGCAGGAACUUCAGACGCUCCGGUUCGAAUUAGAAGAUGAAGGAAAAGCUAUGCUUGCUUCGUUACGUUCUGAACUAAACCAUCAACACGCAACGUCGAUUGACCUAUUACGGCACAGUCACCAUCAGGAACUGGCAGCAGCUAAAAUGGAGCUAGAGAGAAGUAUAGACAUCAGCCGGAGGCAGAGUAAGGAGCACAUGUGUCGAAUCAGCGACCUGCAGGAUGAGCUGCGGCACCGGGAGCACCACAUCACAGACUUGGAUAAGGAGGUGCAGCACCUCCAUGAAAGUAUAAGUACGCUUACGAAAGAACUGGAACUGAAGGGGAAAGAAAUUCUCAGAAUACGGAGUGAGUCCAACCAGCAGAUGAGGUUGCAUGAACAAGAUUUAAACAAGAGACUUGAGAAAGAGCUGGAUGUCAUGACAGCAGACCACCUCAGAGAGAAAAAUAUCAUGCGGGCAGAUUUUAAUAAGACUAAUGAGCUACUCAAGGAAAUAAAUGCAGCUUUACAAGUGUCACUAGAAGAUAUGGAGGAGAAGUAUCUAAUGAGAGAAUCGAGGCCAGAAGACCUACAGAUGAUUGCAGAGCUAAAAUCCCUGCUUACAGAACGAGACCAGGUCAUAAAGAAACUCAUUGAGGAUAAUAAAUUUUACCAGCUGGAAUUAGUCAAUCGAGAAACUAACUUCAACAAAAUAUUUAACACAAGUCCUACUGUUGGUGUUAUUAACCCAUUGGCUAAGGCAACAACAGCCUCUCUUUGACAGACGGACAGAGUUCACGGACCUCUCCUUUAACAUUAUACUUAACCUCACGCCUCCUAAGUUUAGCCUAAGCCCAUUUAUUUACCUGGGGGUAUCUGAGGGACUUCCCACCUCACUUGUUCCCUGCCCUCUGACCUAGUCUUGCCCUAGGAGUAGAGACAAACCCUUCCUAAAUGUCCCUUACCCCGGCCUUCUGUCCCGGUAGCAUGUCUGUGCUUGAGGAUUCCGUGUAGAUGAGCACAUUCGAGGAUCCCCAGUCCGCACUUGGGGUGAUCCUGGUUAAUUUUAACCUCUCAAUCGGACACAUUUCCCAAAACUUUCCAAGCCAAAUUGACAUUUCCUCCUCUUCCUGUUUUCUUUGUUGGCUCCUGUGUGGGGAAUGAGUAUUCUCACGUGUGUUAUUUUUGACGCAGCAAAAGAAGAAGAAUGAUAAGUCGCCAGCAAACAGGUUUGUGAGUGUUCCCAAUCUAAGUGCUCUGGAAUCCGGUGGAAUGGGCAAUGGACAUCCUACCCGCCUGGAACCCAUUCCCAAUUCUCCAGCCCAUGAUGUUGAGUUCAACAGCAACAAGCCUCUUCCACAGCCAUUGCCACCCAAAGAGCCCAAGACGUUUUUGAGGUGAGCCGUGUCUCACCAGUAGUUCUUUUUCCCUUUUUCUCCUCAUUUUUAACUUAAGAAAUUUAUUUCCCUUUUUACAUUACAGAAAUCCACUACUCAAAAAAAAAAAAACCUAAAAAAUGACAUGAAAUAGUUUGAAAAUGUUUUUUGACUUAUCUAGAAAAUUCUGUCUUGACAUUGUCCAAAGAUGUCUUUCUUAAUUUAUCGGUAGUGAACCUUCUAAAUGCUAACAGAGGCGUUUAUAUAAUUCACGUGCUAAGAGUUUUAAUAUUUAUAGCUUACCAAGGUUUUAACAGUACGAGCUUUAGUUUUCAGAACUUUAAAGUUAUUUUUAUUUAUUAAAACUUUCCUUUCUAUUGCUUUAUAUAUAUAUUUCCUUUUAUCAGGCUUAUUAACAUACAUAUGCAUAUUGCCAAAUUAAAGGAAAAUUAAGCUCUUAAUGCUGUAGUUGAAUACAAACAAAUUUCGAAACAAAUUAGUUUUAAACUAAUUGUAGUUUGAAGUUGCCUCCGAGUUGAUUAAAUAUUACGUAAACUUUGAAGGAAAUGAAAUUAUUAAGUCAUUACAUUGUUAAAAAGCACUGCUUUCCGCUCACUUUACUAGAGCCGAUUUUGUUGUUGUUGUUGAUUCAAGUUAAUUUUUCUUUCAUUUUUGUUAAAUCUCAAUAACCCCACCAGGAAGUCUUACAAGUGGGGUUUGUCUUUCUGCUUCUAAGCUAAUCUCUAAUGUAGUUAAUGACUAAUUAUUCUAAAGAGUAAAAAAAGACAAUGACAAUAGUCGGCGCUGUCUCUGAAUGUCUCCGCUAAAUCCUCUGUGUUGCUUGUUUCCCCGUGCAUGGGUGCGUUCAGGUAUCAGUAGGAUGCAUGUACAUGAGCUCAAGGACCUUGACUGCUGGACUUUCCAUAACACAUUGUUGCGUGCCUUGUUAUUCCCCCAAAGACGGUAGGGAUCCUUUUGUUUUCUUAAAUAGCCCAAGAACCUUAGCUGGUUAGCUUUAAGUCGCUAGAGCUUCCAAAGUAGGAAGGAAACUCCGUUGUAAUGCACUUGUUGAAGUACCUGAUAGAAUGGUGGACACUAAUGUAAAUACGCAAGUAGGAAAAAGAACCAUACCUUGAUUACUUUAGCUCUAGUGAAGGGGACGUACAUGAGAAUUAUCCCCUUGUGUCGGGUUCUGAGAAUGAAAGGGGACAGUUGACAAAAGAGGGGACGCUAUUUGUAUGCUCUCCUCUCCAGCAAACACGGUCUUUCAGACCUCAAAGAUGAGACUGUCGGUUUGCCGGUUGCUUAAUUUUGGGCUCCUCUGUCACAGAGUUCAUGCGAGCGGCCCCUGAUCUCCUGUUCUCAGAGGAAGCACUCCAGUGCAGGGUAGCCAGGCCUUCCAUUAGUUCUGCCGUGGGGUGCCCGGUGUGGGCGUCGACACUUGUAUUUAAUUGCUUUCCCAUUGCUUUGCAGACCAUUUAACCCCGGGUUGCAUGUCUCUCUCUUUAUGAAUUCAGCCCUCCUCAGAGUGAAGCCUCCCCGGUGGCUUCUCCGGAUCCCCAGCGCCAGGAGUGGUUUGCCCGGUACUUCACGUUCUGAAUGACGGUGCUGGCACGGCUCUGUGUGGACUGUCCAUGGCAUGGCUGCAUAGGAACCGUUAUGUGGACUGGCCUGUCUAUGGAAAGCACUGUGAAUGAGGAAGUAUUUGUCUCUCCAAUCUGAAAUGCACUGUAUUUCCUGCGAUACUUACUGGAGUCACUCUCUGAGGUACUAUAUUAUGUGUGUAAUUAUAACAAUUAUUUUUAUCCGAGACGGAAGUCUUAAUCUUUGUAAUUACUGCAUAAUAAAUUUUGUUAGAACAAAUGUUUUUUGUUGUUGUUUUCUAUCAAGUGUGCUUAAAACACUUUUUAAUACCAGAUAUAAGACUUGUCAAUAAGCUGUACUGCACAUAAUAAAUCAUAAGUUGUUAUUUCAAUAGUCUUAAUAUCAAUAUAGGGCAAUUUAUUAAUAUCUUCCAUUGUCAUGUAUAAUUUUAACUAAAUUGUUAACAUUUAUAAAUCCAGAAUAAAAAAAUUUAUGUAAA